AUUGGAGGAUAUACUUGUCCUGCAUUUAGAGCGGGGGAAGGACUUGUUCAUCGUCACCACAGGCGAGUACCAACUGUCACCGUAUGGCAUGAAACUAUCUGACCUCAUCGAAAACACACAACCAAUCCGACCUUCAGCCACCUAUCUCAAACAACGUGCCACACAAGAAGCUGGGGAAGAGAAGGGGGUCAAGCAGAUAGUCCCAUAUGAGCUCAAACGAUUAGUGGAGUACCUUGUACUCAAAUGCUCAGAUGAGCCAAACAUACUGUUAGAGGAAGGCGUACCCACAGAGCAAGCGGCCAUCCGCGAGUGCCUAGCAACGGGCGAGGAGUUCCCUAGCAACGCGUCGCCACACUCGUUCGCGAGCUGUCUGUUGGAUUUGUGCGCUUCGUUUGAGGACUCAGUCAUUCCCAAAACGUUUACGCGUAUGGCUGUCAGUGCGGCAUCGGCAGAGGUCAACCAGGUCUUGAUGGUGAGUGGGGAAAUAGCUGUCUGCUGUACAUCGUUGUUUGCCGAUGUGUUACUGGACACGGAACUGUUCACACUCGAGGGUAUGGGAUCAAAGAAGGGCCGUUAUCUGUUUAUGUACAAUGCUUUGACAGAGACAGCCCGGGCCAACUCGCCAUGA